UAGGUUUCAAGUUCCAGUUACUUCCAGAAAGUUGGGGAACAUCCAAAGAAAGGGGGAUCAGCAUCCUGUGAGCUUUACGAAGUGUUUGUUCUGGGCAGAUUUCACGAAAAAUAUCUCGGUUUGUGACAGGGAAGCUGUGACAUCAGCGCGUAGUCUAUGGCAUAAUUUCAAUAAUCAAGAGAUUCUGACACCAUUUCAAGUUUCGAUGAAGAAAUAAUCGAAUGACCAUCAAAACAUCUGGAUGAUGUGUUUUGUUUAAUGCAGGAUCCUAAGCUGGUGUUUAGCAUUGUGUAAGACUUCAGUCACAAUGUACGAGGUGAUCAUACUGAAGGAAGGCUACAGCCAGACUGAGGGACCAGGUCACCAGAAAGCAUGUGGCACCAUUACCUUGCUGAAAGGUCCAAAGAACAUCAUUGUAGAUACGGGAAAUCCAUGGGAUAAAGACCUAAUACUUAAAGGUCUAGAGAAGCAUGGUACCUCCCCAGACAAGAUCGAGUAUGUUGUAUGCUCCCAUGGCCACUCUGAUCAUGUCGGCAACCUCAACCUCUUUCUUCAUGCCACCCACAUCCUGUCACAUGACAUUUGUCAUGGUGACAUGUAUGUAGAACAUAAUUUUGAUAUGGGAAUUCCUUAUGAAAUUGAUGAUGAUGUAGAAGUCGUCCCCACUGCCGGCCACACAGGUUCUGACGUGUCUGUUAUUGUACGUAACACUAAACUGGGCACUGUGGCAGUCACAGGUGAUUUGUUUGAGUGUAAAGAAGAUCUAGAAAACCCCAGUUUAUGGCAGGACAACAGUGAAAAGCCAGAUAUUCAGGAGCAAAGCCGUAUCAACAUCCUAAGAAUAGCGGACUAUAUAGUGCCCGGCCAUGGAGAAAUGUUUAAAGUGCCUGAUGCCUACAAACGACAGAUGAGAGUGGUCAUGUACUACGAGGAGGUACAGGCAACAACACUCGACGGAAAAUCUGAAUCGUCAAAACUGGAAUAUGUCGUGAUGGAGGAAGAUUAGAGAUGAUGUAUAGGAUGACAUUCAGAGUUGUAAUUUAUUUUAACAAAAGCAACAUUCUGCUUAGAAAUGUCUUUCGGAAACUAGUCUACAAAUAUUAUCAAGUCAUACUUUAAUAUGGUACUGAACAAUUUUAACUUCUACAUUGAUUAAUGAGGUAAAUAGUUAGAAAUUGCGAGUUUGGAAAACCUUGAUUUUUAAUUUGAUUUUGUACAGUUCAUUGAUUGUAUCAGUUAUGAGGUAAGGGAAUUAAUUGUCGAAGGAGAAACGACAGGUGAUUCACAAAGUGAUCAUUGUGGAUGUUUUCUUGAUUGAUUCUAGAUUAAUGACUGGCUGUUUAGUUGUAAUGGAAUCUAAAAUUUAUGACUAGUUUUAUCUUAAUUCUUUUGAUUUGUUUGAUUCAAACUUCUGAUACAAGUUGUUACUUGGAUUAUAUGUCGACACAUUUCUUUAUAAAUACCAAAACACUGGAACUGAGGACAAUUUCUUUUUGCUAAAAAAACCGCUACUUAUUUAAAUUUGGUUUCAGAAAAAUGUUUACCCAUGACACCAGUAUGAAACCAUAAUAGAUAUGUGCAAUGUAUUGUCAAGUAUUAUUAUAAUAUAUUUGCUUUGAUGCCGAAUAGUUAAUUGGAGCUAUGUGUACAGAUAUAUAUGCCUUCCCUCAAUGAGUGAUCACCAUGCUUUGAUAAAUUUUAUUAUACCGUCCUAUGCCAGGCAUGGAGUGAUGCUUGUUCAGGCUAAGCCAAAUAUACAGUUGCAGUUCUUGAGUAGAUAUGUAAAAUUUUGCUUUUGAUAUUUUGUUUGCAGCAAUGAAUUUAAUUAAUUGUAAAUCUAUCAGUAAAAUAACAAUAGAAUGACUGAUAGUAAGGUUUAAAUUAAGUCAUGCAGCAGUGAUUCCACUUGGGUGGGGAGGGGGGUGUGGGGAGGGGCUGGAUCGAGAACGAAAGGAAUUUACUAGAAUAGGUUACUGAGGGGCUGGAUGGAGAACGAAAGGAAUUUACUAGAAUAGGUUACUAGAUUUGGAUUCAUAAAGGCUUGAUAAAAGGAUAAUUAUUAUAUAAACUAAUAAAAAAAACCAAUAAACAUACCACUAAUUAUGAGAGAAAAAAAUGUUAGAUUAUUUUUGUAAUCACAUUUCUGUGACCAAAGUAAACUUGUGUUUAUGAAAAAAGUGUGUAUGUGAUAAAUUUAUAACAUUGUGUCAGUUAACAUAUUGUUGAUAAUUAAAUGCUACUUGUUUCAUUCAUGAAAGUUUAUUGUUGGCUGAUGUAUCAAUAAAUGUUGUUUUCCUGAAAAGUACA